AUGGUAGUAGCGUCCUUUGCAGUGCAAGAUGAAACUACUGAUACAAUAACAGAAGCACUAAAAAAAUUAAGUCAGUGGAAUCCAGAAUGGAACCCUAAGUGUUUUAUGACUGAUAACUGUGAGGCAGAAAUUUUAUCAAUCGAAAAUGUUUUUAAAGUUGGUGAAUGUCAUUCACCAAACCCUCUAGUGCCUUUAUCAGUUAUUCAAGCGGAUGUCAUAAAAGCUGAUGUAGUACAUAUAUUGUGGGAUAUAGAUUUGCAGAAUAAUAAAUGUAGCGAAAAAAAUGGGUUCAUUGGUGUUAGAGCUAUUUUAGAGUUAAGAAAUUAUUGCUUUGUUAUUCUCUGUGACUUUCACCGCGAGCAAGCGUGUGAAAGAUGGUUGUCUGCUAAUGCAAAUGGAAUGAGAUCAGUCAAGCACACUGCUCUUUGUUUACUUAGACGAAUAGCUGCUUCUGAAACACAGGAAGAAUAUGACAUUGCUAUACAAGCUCUACACAAGGAUCCAAUAUGGAUCUCUACAAAUAGCAUUAAAUUUAAAAAUUACAUAGAAAAAACAUGGUUGCCUGAGAAAAAGCGUUGGGUCAAAGCAUUCAGAAGUGGAAUAUUAGAGACAGUUGUAAAUACAAACAACGGUGUUGAGCGAAAGAACAGAGAUUUCAAACAUGAGUUUUUAAAUCAGUAUAAGGAUAACUCGUUAAGUGGAAUGGUGACAGUUCUUGUUGAUCAAUUUAUUCCUGAGACAUACAGCAGGUAUGUGGAAGCUAAUAUUCGUCGCUGCUCAGACUACAGACUCUACAAUAGCAACCUUCCAAAAUGGUUUUGUAAUAAACCUGAGAAUUUUACAAGACAUUGUAUAGAAAAGAUUGGUCUUGUGAAGGACUGCAAUAACCUAAAAAUUACAUUCCAUGAAAUUUCUAAGAAUAAGCAAAUGUAUGAGGUAAAAAGCUUCACAAGUGCAAAAAGUUAUAUUGUCACUAUUGGAGGUCAAGACACUAAGUUCCCUGAUUGCCAAUGCAUAGAAAGGAAGAAAAAAUUGAUGCCAUGCAAACAUAUGGUAGCAAUCUUUCAACAUUGCGAUGGAGUUAGUUGGGAUUUAUUGCCAGAUAGUUACCGAUUAUCUCCAUACUUUUGUUUGGAUAAUUCAGUCAUUUAUGGUAAUGAAUCUUGUCAUGAAGAAAAAUCUAAUAUAUGUUUUGAAGACAACUUAUCUGAGACACAAGGUCAUGUUAUUUUGGAAAAUGUGCAGAAUAAAAUAUACCCUAAGCAAACAAAUGCACCAUCAUGUAGAGAUAUCCUUUCUCAAAUAAAAACAUUAAGUUACUUAAUUUAUGAUGAGAAUGUGGUUAAAUCAUUAAAAUUCAAACUUCAAGAAUUAAUGACUUAA